AUGGCGCCAAAGAACAGGGAAGGCGAUGUUGUUGCUUCGUUCUCAGGGAAAUGGAUAUCGUACGCGCAUACAGCCGCAGCAUACGCGGCCUUUUUGAGUGCGUUUAUAGUCGGAUGUGGGUUGCAUUACCGUAAGAUUGUUCAAAAUGAGCACUUCGGAUACCCACAAGAAUGGUUCCCCUCAGUGUCCGCAACCAUCGGCGACCGAUAUCCCGAACGCUCGUUCUUCCAGGUCUUCAUCGCCAUAACCUCCGGUCCAAGAUUCGCGCUGGUGGCCUUGUGGUAUUGCAUGACGGCAAAGCGCGACUCCGCCUUACCCAAGUUUGUGGCAGGCACUGGUAUCUUCCGCACCCUGACAUGCGGUGGUUGGACGUACGUUACCUCGACCGAUGAUCACAACUGGCAUGACAUCUUCAUGAUCUCCUACCUCAUCGCCACUGUGCCCUGGACGCUUGGGUGCCUCGCCUUGAGCCCACGCAACCCAACAGCCGUGAAGUAUCGAAAGAUACUUGCGGGAGCGUUUUUCGGCACACUUGUACCAUUGAUGUACUUCUUCUUACAGCACAAGGUGCAUAAGGUGCCAGGAGCUUACACCACCUACGCCUUCUUCGAGUGGUCACUCGUUCUGCUGGAUGUUGCGUUUGAUGCUGUCACUGUACUAGACUUUGAAGGGUUUGAGAUCGUUGUCAAGGAUGUAAAGGGUGUCAGUAGAGGAAACAAGCAAGUCGUUGCGGAUGCUGUGCUCGAGAAGGAGAAGAACACAGAAGCAGCCCAGGUGUUUGGCGGAGGCUUCGCGUGGCCGGCAGCUCUUGAUGCCGUUGCUGACGUCUACAACGGCUUCGUGUUCUGGUCGAUGUUGACAUCUCUUGGCCUAUCGGUGUGGUACUUUCCUCUCUGGCAUAUGGGUCUAUCAGGCUACGAGGUCGUCAUCAUGUCCACCGUGUCGCCUUUCCUACUCGGCAUCCGCCCAUUGCGUUCUCUCGUUAUUCGCAACCUCCGCAUCAUGCACCUCCUUUCUCUGUCGGGCCUAGUGGCCUGGGCAAUAAAGAAGCCAGAGCACCGCCUGUUCGUCGUCACCUUCGGCGUCUUCAUGUCCUGCUUGUCCUGGGCUGCUGCCUUCUAUGCAGAACGAUCCCAACCUCACCGACUUGAGGCGCGCAUUUCUGCCUUCGCCCUCGGCCUGCUUGCAUCCAGCGUCGCCAAGUUUGCGUUCUACACCAAUAAUCCCAUCUGGCCGGCUAUGCAUGCCGCGAACGGUGGCUGGAACAAGCUUGGCCUUGCGCUGGCUGUCCUUGCCAUGCUCAGGUCCACUAGGCAUACUGCCGGCAAUGGCGGUGAUCUCCCUGCUCCAGGACCAAGCAAAGGUUCACCCACACUGGCGGCACUCGGCCUAGCUGGCUUGUUCUUCGCCAUGCACUCUCUUCUAUCUGACUCGAGCACCAUGAUCUCCUGGGUAUGGGAAGGCUACCCCGUACGUGGCCCGCUGGCCGUCCCGCACGGCAGUGUCACAAUGCUCGCCAUGGGCGUUGGUCUCCUCAUCGGCCACUUCUAUCCCAGCGUCGCCCGCAGCUGGACUUUCUACGGCAUCGGGUCCGUCGGCGCCGCAGUCCUGACGGGCUUCAGCAACUGGUCCGGCUACUACGGCGCGCUGGCUCUGGCGACUUACAUCAUGGCGGCGGCCCCGGUCCUGAUCUCUUCCGCAGUGAAGCACUCACCAGCCACUACCUUCGGGCUGGGCUUCUUGGUCUACAACAUCAUGGUCCUUGCGCACGUCUGGACCGUCGCCUACGCCUUCGUUCCUGGCGGGCCCAUCAUGCGCGAGCACACCGACUACGUCAUGAGUGCCAUGAUGCUCCUAAUCGGAUGUGGCGUCUUCUCCGCCAUCACCUCCACCCCUCCCUCCGGCAGCAGUAGCAGCGCCCGCACCAAACCCGCCAACCCGGCAGCCCGCAAGCAGCGCUCCUACUACAUCUACAUCCUGCUCGCCCUUGAGCUCCUGGGCGCCUCAAUCGCCUACCUCCGCUUCCCAUCCUACAACUACACGCCCUACCACGCGCCCGACAAAGUGAUCACCGCCGGCAUCUGGACGAUCCACUUCGGCAUCGACAAUGACAUGUACAGCAGCGAGCACCGGAUGCGGGACCUCCUGCGCGACGUCGAGCUCGACGUCGUGGGGCUCCUCGAGUCCGACCUCCAGCGCAUCAUCAUGGGCAACCGCGACGUGACGCAGUUCCUAGCCGAGGAUCUGGGCAUGUACGUCGACUACGGCCCGGGGCCGAACAAGCACACCUGGGGCGCGGCGCUGCUCUCAAAAUUCCCUAUCGUCGAGUCAAAGCACCAUUUGCUGCCGAGUCCCGUCGGCGAGCUGGCGCCCGCGAUCCACGCCACCAUCGACGCGUACGGCGAGCUGGUCGAUGUGUUUGUGUUCCAUUCCGGGCAGGAGGAGGAUCCGGAGGAUCGGCGGCUGCAGGCGGAGUAUCUUGCCAACCUGAUGGGCGGGACGAAGAGGCCGGCGAUUCUGCUGAGUUAUCUGGUCACGAAGCCGGGAGAGGGCAACUAUAACACAUUUGUGGGGCAGAAGAGCGGCAUGAGGGAUAUCGAUCCCAAGGAUUGGCAGCGGUGGUGCGAGUACAUUCUGUUUAAGGGACUGAAGAGGGUCGGGUAUGCGAGGGUUAGUAGGGAUACGAUUACGGAUACGGAGUUGCAGGUUGGGAAGUUUGUGGUGGGGCGGGGAGAGGGUGGGGAAGAGACGACGGUCAGGGGGGAGGAUGUGCCACAAGGCUGGAGGUUUCCGGAGAUGUUUAGGGGGAAUGGGGUUAGGGGGCAUCAUUAUCAUGAUUUUGAGCCGAAGUAUUGGCCGUAG